GUCACUCUUAAUGGCAUGAGUGGCAAGGUGAAGCUGGUUGCGCAGCAAGAAAGACGCAUGACACUGCCUGCCGUCGAAAUCGGCAAGAACAAAUCUCUUCACCCUGCUGAAGAAUAUCCACCUGACAAGGAGUCAUUUCCAAAUGUACUGCGACAACUGGACGUUCCUGCUCCUUACAACUGA